AUGAAUGACAUAGAGCGCAAAAAAAUGGAUAAUAUCCCUUAUUCAUCUUUAGUCGGGAGUUUGAUGUAUGCUCAGACAUGUACUAGGUCGGAUAUAAGUUUUGCGGUCGAUAUGUUGGGUCGUUAUCAAUCAAAUCCUGGACUUAUUCAUUGGAGAGCUGCAAAGAAAGUUUUAAGGUACUUGCAAGACACUAAGGAUCACAUGCUAACGUAUAGAAGAACUAGUAACCUUGAGGUUGUUGGUUACUCGGACUCAGACUAUGUCGGAUGUUCGGAUACCCAGAAGUCCACAUUCGACUAUGUGUUCCUUCUAACUGAUGGAGUUGUCUCAUGGAAGAGUGGUAAGCAUAUUGUCAUUGCUACUUCCACUAUGGAGGCUGAAUUUGUAGCAUGCUUUGAAGCUACAGUUCAAUUGUUAUGGCUACGCAAUUUUGUUGAUGGUUUAGGCAUCGUUGGUACCAUUGCUAAACCGAUGGGGAUUUAUUUUGAUAAUGCGACGGUUGUGUUAUUUUCUAAGAAUGAUAGAUACUCUAAGUGUGCCAAACAUAUGGAUGAAAGUAUCUAUCGGUCAAAUAAGAUGUGCAAAAUCAAAUAG